AUGAAAGCGAAGGGUCUCCAGAAGCUCCGGUGGUAUUGCCAAAUGUGUCAGAAGCAGUGUCGAGAUGAGAAUGGCUUCAAGUGCCACCGCAUGUCUGACGGGCACCAACGUCAAAUGCAGCUCUUUGUCCAGGAUCCGAACCGAUUCAUGGACGAGUUCUCCCAGGAGUUUGAGAGAGGCUUCAUGCAGCUGAUGAGCCACAGCUACAGGUCGCAAAGAGUUCUUGCCAACACGGUCUACUGUGAUUUUAUUUCCAACCGGCACCACACGCACAUGAACUCCACCAUCUGGGUCACCCUCAGCAACUUCGUCCAGUACCUGGGAAGGACGAACCAGUGCACCAUCGACAAGACUCCAAAAGGCUGGUACCUGCAGUUUGUGGAUAACUCGCCCGAAGCCCGAAUGCGAGCUGCAGCGGCCAAGGCGAAAGAGGAAGGUGAGGUUUCUUCAGAGCAAAGGCAUGACGUUGCCCUGAAGAAAGCCAUAGCAGAGUGCAAGAAGGAUGGAGGCUUCCAGGAGUCAGAGUUCACGGAGCUCCAGCGUAAGGAAGGUGACGCUCCGAUUUCUUUCAACAUGGCGGCCGGAUCGGCAUCCUCGUCGUCGGCUCCGGCUAAACCUCCAGUGAAGGAGGUUUCAGAAGCUGCCGUCAAGAAGAACGCUCUUGCACAAGCCUUUGAAACACAUGAGACGACAAAAGAGGCGCAGGACACCAAGAAGCACAAGCUGAGCGCAGUGGAGCGCAUCCGAAUGGAACAUGAAGAAUCCAAAAGGCAGAAGCUGCAGCCCGCACCGGCGUCCCCUUCUGAAAGCUCUUCUUCAGGGUCAGAACCUUGGCUAACAGAAGGCAUCAUCGUGAAGGUGAUGCAUCAAGACCUAGCCGGUGGUAAAUAUUAUCGCAAGAAGGGCAAGGUGGAAAGAGUCCGCAAGCAGUUUACUGCUGACAUCCGCAUGGUCGAAAGCAGGGACCUCAUUCGCUUGGACCAGGAGAUGCUGGAGACCGUCAUCCCCAACCUCGGCAAGCCAGUCAUGGUGGUGAAGGGCCAGUACAAGGGCAAGAAGGGAAACAUGAGGACAGUGGACCUGGAGGCUUUCUGUGUCGCGGUUCAGCUCGAGGACGGCCGUGACGUCGAGGGUCUUCGGUACGACGAGGUCUACAGUCUACAGACCCUGACCAUCCUGUUAUUCUUGUCUGCAAAAUUGAAGAAAGCUGACUUGCACUGUGGCGCAGGGCUGCCAGCUUCUUCAAGUCUCACCAUGGACAUGGACAAUGUCCAUUUAGAUCAAAAAGUGGUCUUUGCUGCAGAGGAACCGGUCAGCACAUGUGAGCUUGAGCGGGUGUCAACGUGUAGCGGAGCUGGAAUCUGGCGUGUAGGCCUGUCGAAUCGCUGCUGCAGCUUCGGCUUCAUGUCGUCUGGUCGACAGUAG